CGGAAUCCGGAGGCGCCUUCCUAGCGCGCGAGGACCAGUCGGCGCUCGCCGCCCUCGGGAGCUGACCCCGAGCCCCUCCAGCCAUUUGUGAACCAGGAGGCUUGACAUUAGCCAGCGCAGGGCCCCACACGAGAAAUUUCAAUGAAAAGAAAAGCCAAUGGAUUGUGGUCUUAGAAAAGCUGCUUAGAUGAUGUCUGUUUCCCAUGCUAUAGACACGUGGCAGAGCUGUAAGUAAAUGCUCGGCACUGCAUGAUGAAUUGGAUGGCUGCAGACCGGAGACAAAAAAAAUAAUUGUCUCAUUUUCGUGGUGAUUUGCUUAACUGGUGGGACCAUGCCAGAACGGCUAGCGGAAAUGCUCUUGGAUCUCUGGACUCCAUUAAUAAUAUUAUGGAUUACUCUUCCCCCUUGCAUUUACAUGGCUCCAAUGAAUCAGUCUCAAGUUUUAAUGAGUGGAUCCCCUUUGGAAAUAAACAGUCUGGGUGAAGAACAGCGAAUUUUGAACCGCUCCAAAAGAGGCUGGGUUUGGAAUCAAAUGUUUGUCCUGGAAGAGUUUUCUGGACCUGAACCGAUUCUUGUUGGCCGGCUACACACAGACCUGGAUCCUGGGAGCAAAAAAAUCAAGUAUAUCCUAUCAGGUGAUGGAGCUGGGACCAUCUUUCAAAUAAAUGAUGUAACUGGAGAUAUCCAUGCUAUAAAAAGACUUGACCGGGAGGAGAAGGCUGAGUAUACCCUAACAGCUCAAGCAGUGGAUUGGGAGACAAGCAAACCUCUGGAGCCUCCGUCUGAAUUUAUUAUUAAAGUUCAAGACAUCAAUGACAACGCACCAGAGUUUCUUAAUGGACCCUAUCAUGCUACUGUACCAGAAAUGUCCAUUUUGGGUACGUCUGUCACUAACGUCACUGCGACGGACGCCGAUGACCCAGUUUAUGGAAACAGUGCAAAGCUGGUUUAUAGUAUAUUGGAAGGGCAGCCUUAUUUUUCCAUUGAGCCUGAAACAGCUAUUAUAAAAACUGCCCUUCCCAACAUGGACAGAGAAGCCAAGGAGGAGUACCUGGUUGUUAUCCAAGCCAAAGAUAUGGGUGGACACUCUGGUGGCCUGUCUGGGACCACGACACUUACAGUGACUCUUACUGAUGUUAAUGACAAUCCUCCAAAAUUUGCACAGAGCCUGUAUCACUUCUCAGUACCGGAAGAUGUGGUUCUUGGCACUGCAAUAGGCAGGGUGAAGGCCAAUGAUCAGGAUAUUGGUGAAAAUGCACAGUCAUCAUAUGACAUCAUUGAUGGAGAUGGAACAGCACUUUUUGAAAUCACUUCUGAUGCCCAGGCCCAGGAUGGCAUUAUAAGGCUAAGAAAACCUCUGGACUUUGAGACCAAAAAAUCCUAUACGCUAAAGGUAGAGGCAGCCAAUGUCCAUAUUGACCCACGUUUCAGUGGCAGGGGACCCUUUAAAGACACGGCGACAGUCAAAAUCGUCGUUGAAGAUGCUGAUGAGCCUCCGGUCUUCUCUUCACCGACUUACCUGCUUGAAGUUCAUGAAAAUGCUGCUCUGAACUCCGUGAUUGGGCAAGUGACUGCUCGUGACCCUGAUAUCACUUCCAGUCCUAUAAGGUUUUCCAUCGACCGGCACACUGACCUGGAGAGGCAGUUCAACAUUAACGCAGACGAUGGGAAGAUAACGCUGGCAACACCACUUGACAGAGAAUUAAGUGUAUGGCACAACAUAACAAUCAUUGCUACUGAGAUUAGGAACCACAGUCAGAUAUCACGAGUACCUGUUGCUAUUAAAGUGCUGGAUGUCAAUGACAACGCCCCUGAAUUCGCAUCCGAAUAUGAGGCAUUUUUAUGUGAAAAUGGAAAACCCGGCCAAGUCAUUCAAACAGUUAGCGCCAUGGACAAAGAUGAUCCCAAAAACGGACAUUAUUUCUUAUACAGUCUCCUUCCAGAAAUGGUCAACAAUCCGAAUUUCACCAUCAAGAAAAAUGAAGAUAAUUCCCUCAGUAUUUUGGCAAAGCAUAAUGGAUUCAACCGCCAGAAGCAAGAAGUCUAUCUUUUACCAAUCAUAAUCAGUGAUAGUGGAAACCCUCCACUGAGCAGCACCAGCACCCUGACCAUCCGGGUCUGUGGCUGCAGCAAUGACGGUGUCGUCCAGUCUUGUAAUGUUGAAGCUUAUGUCCUUCCAAUUGGACUCAGUAUGGGCGCCUUAAUUGCCAUAUUAGCAUGCAUCAUUUUGCUGUUAGUCAUCGUGGUGCUGUUUGUAACUCUACGGCGGCAUAAAAACGAGCCAUUAAUUAUCAAAGAUGACGAAGACGUUCGAGAAAACAUCAUUCGCUACGAUGAUGAAGGAGGAGGGGAGGAGGACACAGAGGCUUUUGACAUUGCAACUUUACAAAAUCCAGAUGGAAUUAAUGGAUUUUUACCCCAUUACAGAAGAGGGUUGCUAGGAGGAAUGUCACAAGAUGCUGUCUGAAGAGAAAGACUGUGGAAAACCAUGGCUUCAAUGAACUCAGAGGUCAGGACCAGAAAAGGAAAUGAGAGGUCACCAAAGCCAAAUGUUAAUUUCUUGGGAUUUCUUCUGUACAUGCAAAGAACUCCAGGCCAUCCUAUGAUUCCUCAUAAAUAAGAGGAAGAUUUUAACAAUUAUGCUCUAAGAUGGAACAUAACUAUUUAGGAGUCAUUGGGAUCACCCUCCCCCUUUCCAAUACUGUUCUGCUUUGACUACAAAUAUGUCUAAUGGUUUUCUAAAUUUUCUUAACCUCUAAAGUUUGAGAGCUAUGUCAUUUUUGUCAAGUCUGAUUGUUGAGUAUGUGAAUGGAUGUUUUUGGCUCAAUGUUAGAGCCAAAAUUUAUAAAUAAUAAUUAUUUAUAAAUAAUGAUAUUGCAAAUAAACUUUAAAAAAGACCUUUAAACAUAAAAAUCCUUUUAUAUAAAAUACAUACUAGGUACUAGGCUAGUAACAGAAAAAGGAUAUACCCAACACAAUUCUCUUGCCUUUCAAGACAUGGAGUUAAACUGGAUAAACUAUAAAAGCAAAUAAAUGAUAAAACAUUUGAUUUGGCUAUCCUGUGGAAGAACUAAGCAGUGUUUUUAAAGCACAGAGAAAGAAUAUUUAUCUAAGUCUGCAAAGGCAAGAUAUCUUUCUUGAGGCUGUGUUAGAAUGAGUCUUGGAGGGAAGCAAAUCUUAGACAGGGAGUAUCAAAAAGUAAGGCUAGCUUGAGGUCCUGACACCUGAAAAUAAAUGGUGAUGUGAAGGGAUCUCUCAAUGGGCUUCAUUAUUGUGUUUCUCAAUGUAUGAAAUUCUCCAAGUUACGAAAACCAUCAGUAUCCUUAUUUAUUUAAGAAAUAUGUACCAAAGAGUUCCCAUUCAUUUGAGUGCUGGGAAUACAGCAUUGAAUAGGACAAAAGAGAUUUUUUUCCCAAAGAACUGUAAUAUGGAAGAAAUGUAAAUAAAUAGAAAUACAAAAAAAAAUUUGAUAUGAUAGAACAACAUAGAUGGAUGAGAAAUGAAAUGUUUUACUUACAGUGGACAGAAUGAUAUUUGAGUUGCCAAGUGAAGUUUUUUUAAUCAAGGAAAAUCAUAGUAAAGAGUUUGGGAAUGCUUAUGUUAGUUGUUCUCCUAGACUGAAUCAGUGGCAUAUACAAGAAAGAAUAUGAAGUCCAGAUUAUAGUGGAUAAAGGUGAAAGAGAUGCAACAGAUGUGGAAACCUGGGCAGAGACCAUAUUAUCCAGGCUUUUGUCAACCAAGAUAAGGAGCUCAUGUUUACUUCAUGUAAAAGAGAAGGCAAUUGAAGGGAUCCAAAAGCAGGGGGAUGAUAUGAUCUGAUUUAUAUUUUUAAAAUAAUCAGUCUGACUCUUAUAUGAAAAUCACAUUGUAGUAGACAUGAAUGAAAGUAGGAAACCCAGAUAGAAGGUUUUUAUCAUAAGCCAAGGAACAUAUUAUCUUGACUUUAUGGAGUGGUAAUACAGAUAGAAGGAAUACCCAGAAUUCACAUAUAUUUUGGAUAUAAAAUUGGUAGUAAUGGUAGUUCAAUUACAUGCUCAAAACAAAGAUGGAAUCUAAAAAUAACUGCCAGAAUUUUUGGCUUGAACGACUAUGUAAUUCGUGGGGCCAAUGACAAAAUUUAGGAAGACAAGAAGUGAAUUUGUUUAUCAAAGGCUGACAUCCUAACUUCUCUACUAAUGGACAACAGAAAAGGAUAACAGAAAUCAGAGUCUUAUAGAAAUUCUUACAUGGAGUGUGUUAGGGACUGUCUUAGUCAGGGUUCUUCAGAGACACAGAGCCAUUUGGUGAGAGAGAGGAGCUUUUAGCAGGAAUUGGCUCAUGAGAUUAUGGUGGCUGAGAACUCCUACGAUCUGUUGUCUGCAAGCUGGAGGAAAACCAGUAUUGCAGUUCUGUCUGAGUCCUAAGGCCCGAGAACCAGGGGAGAUAAGAUGUAAAUGCCAGUCCGGAGUUGGAGAAGAUGAAAUAAGAUAUUCCAGCUGAAACAGUCAGGCAGAAAAAAAGGCAACAAAUUUCCCCUUCCUGUUCUUUAUGCCUUCAGUGUAUUAGAUGAGGCUUAAGUAUACUGGGGAAGGCAAUCUACUUUACUGAGUCCAUUGAUUCAAAUGCUAACCUUAUCUGGAAACACCAUCAUGGACACACCCAGGAAUAAUGUCUCAUCUGUGCAUCCUGUGGCCUAGUCAAGUUGCCAUAUAAAAUUUACCAUCACAGGGAUCAUUUGAAAAACAUAGCUACAUUUUGAUUUUUUCUAUAUAUCAAUACCUGAGUCAAUGAAGGUCACAAGAGACAUGAUACAUUUCGGAAAGAAAAGUUCGGUCAGACUGAUCAUUUUAUAUAUUUUAGCUUUCUAGAAAUUAGAAAAAAUGUAAAGGCUCCACUAAAGUUAGUUCAUUUUUGGCUGAAGUAUGAUGGAUUCACUUACUGGAAAUAAUAGUUAGUGGAAAUGAUGAGAUAAUAUCCCGAAACCUUUAUGUAUGCUUACAUAAAAGUAGAAAAAAAAAGGCACAUAUAGCUUUCUCUAUAAACAUAAUACUUUGUCCAGAAAGCGUUCCUGAGAUAUACCCUUUCUCUUUGGACUGAAUACUAAAUCUCAAGAGAAGGAACAUUUGGUCUUUGUGGUUUAGGUAUGAUAAAAAUUACAGAAGAAACACACUCAAACAAAUCAUUUUUGUUGGUUUAUUGCUACUUACUGAUAAAGUUAUCUGGUUGUUUGGAAGUUUAGGGUUUUGGCACUUAAUUAAUGUUAGGUGCAUAGAAUUGAAGCAAUAUCCAUCUGGAGAGAAAAGUCUUAUGCAGAGUAAGUAUAAGAAAUUCUUAUAUUAAAAGGUUAUUGAUGAGAAUGCAUCUAAUCUGUCAUGCACUUAUCAUGCUAUAAGCCCUGUGCUUCAUGUGUGGGGCUUGGACAAAGAUAGAAAGACAUCCUUCUUUUUCAGAGAUUACUGUUUUCUGCAGUAGUUUGACACAGCUCUUGUUUUUAAAAUAAUAGCAUUGUGUGUGUGUUUGUGUGUGUGUGUGUAUAUAUAUGUUUUAGUACUUUCAAAUUGCCAUAAAAAUACUGAUUCCCAAUAAUGAAUGCUUAAUGAGUUUACAGAUAGAAACAUAUUUAUUGAGCUACACCAUAAAAAAAAUGAAGAAUUCAAUCGGUCAUUAUGGUGAGAGAUGGAACAUACAAAGGUGAUAUCACAAGUGCAAGGCAGGAAGACCUGAAGACACAGAGUCUAGAAAAUACAUUGUGUGUGUCUUAAAAUCUGGUGGGAAUAAAGUAAAACCAGAAAAUUACAGAUACACCAAUUUUUGCUAUGAGAACAUCAAUAGAAACUAAUAGUGUAUUAAUAAGUAAUACCUCUUGUUUUAAUAUUGUUUGUCCUAGGAAUAGAAAGGUCAUCUUAUAAAAUAGUUAAUUGACUAUCAAACACAAAAAUACAUACAUAUGAACAUUUCUAUAGGUGCAUUUUAAAAAAGUGUGAUAGAGUUCAUGACCUACUUAAGAUAAAAACCCUCAGAAGAUUAAGCAAUAUGCAUAAAUGAAAAUGUCCUUAAAUUGAUAAAGGGUAAUCAACCCAAAUUUUAUAGUAAAUAAAAUAGUUAAUAGAGAAUUGUAAGGGAAAUUUAUUUAAGAUGGAAAUAAGAAAAGGAAGGCUGUCCACUUUGCUUUGGUUCAAUAUAAUAUUCAAAGUCCUGACUACCACCAAUAUCCAAAGAAAUGCUAAAGCAGAAACAAAGUUUUAAAGCUUUAUAGAAAAGAGGGGAACUGUGCCACUAUUUACAGAUAAUAUUGUCAUAAACAUAGAAAGUUAACAGAGUAAAUAGACAAACUAUGACUACUAAGCAAGUAUUUCAGCAAUGCCGCUAAAUCUGAAUGAUUUAUCUGAUGAAAGGAAAAUGCUAAUGAUGUCAAUUAUAUUAGCAAUGUAUAAUUUUUAUUCUAUUAUAAUCUAAAUAAUAACAGAAAUUUGUAACCAAUUCAAUAUUUUGUUUUUAAAUUUGAUUUUAGUAUUUGUUGAGCUCUACAAUUUUACAUAAAAUUUAAGUAAGACUAGUGAAGAGAUAAGAAAGCAAUAGUAUUACACUACCAGGUAAAACAAACUUAUCACCAAGGUGUAAAAAAUAAGACAAGCCAAUGGCAAUGCACAAAAAAAAAUGAGCAAUAAAAUCAGAUAUGGAAAUCCUGCUGCAGGUACAAAGGCAAGCCCAAGUAAAUGAACCAAAACUCAAAGUAGUUUGCUUUUAAAAAUGCAAAUGUAAAACAGUAAGCUAUCACUCUAAAUUUAUGGGACAAGUAUAAAAAGGUGGAUACUGUCAAGUGUUAGUGAAAAUAUUAAGACUGAGAAGAUUCAUGCAUCGUAUCUCUUCUGUAAUCCAACAAUGCCACAUUGUGGGGUAAAUUCAAGAGAAACUCUUACACAGAUUCCUAAGCGAACAUGUUCAGUGUUAUUGAUCAGGCCUUUUUUUUUUUAAAGUGAGGUGCUAGAGGCACUGAAUGCAUCUGCACUAGGAGAAUGGAUAUUAUGUCCUCUUAAUAAAUACUAAGAGUUACUAUGGGGCAUUUAGAAGUAAUAAAAUAAAUGCACACAAGCCAGCAUGUGUUCAUUCUGGAAAAAAAUGUCAAAUUAAAAAUGUAAAUUGCAGAAUAAAACUUGUGAUGAAAUAACAUCUAUAGUCAUUUAAAACAAAUUCACAGAAAUAUACAUUUUACAAAGAUAUGUAUCCAAUAAUAUUUAUUUUUGCUCACCUGAGAAAAAGUGGCUGAUCUACUUGCACUAGAGCUCUAAUAAACAAAUUGAUACAUAAAUAAAAAUAAAAUAAUGUUAGGUAUGCUUAGAAAAAUCAAUAAAUAAUACAUUCCUUGGACUUGGUGUUUGGUAUAGGAAAGCAAGUAUUACAGUGAGGAUGGGUGGUAUUCGGACUGUGAAAGUUUGUAUGUACUGAAGAAGCUAGACUAAAAUGGGAACUCCAGCCUGUGAAAUUGCGCUGUGUAGAACAGGAACCCAUACGAUUUAGAUACGUAUUUUCAGUACAAGUUUAGAUUUCCGUUAUAUUUCACAUUUGUUGAAAUACCCAGACUAAACGUUCUUAGAAAUCUUAUUGCAAUAAAACUGUUUAUUCCUGGAUUUCUUAAAUAUAGUUAGUUAAUUACGAUUUUCUUCACUGAAUAACCAAUGUUAUCUUUGUAAAUAGAUGUAUUUUGUAAAUAAAAUUUAAGCAUCACUAUUGGAAUCGAUAGACACUACUAUUAGAAUCAAUAGAGAAACUGAGGAUUUUUAAGAUGUGAAGGGAUAUGAUCAAAUCUAAUAUAAUUUUCUUCCUUGUAAUAGGGUUAUAUUCAGGAUAUCACCAUCUAUUUAUUGGGCAUCUACACUGCACAUAGCUCUGUGAUGAGUGUAAUUGGGAAUAAAGCAGUAGGAUAAGUCACAGACCUUGUUCACACAGAGCUAAUUGGAGAGAUAAAUUUAACACACUGAGAUAAUUAGAUGAUGUGACCUACCACAUAUGACAGUAUGUAAAGGAAGAGGCAAAGUGUGGGGAAGCUGUCAAUUGACAUUCAGAAAAAAGAAAAGAUCAAGGAAGUUCAGAUGGCUGGAGAAAUCAGUGUGCAAGAAGUUGAGCUUGUUUUUUCAGGCUUAGUUCCCCACUGAGAAGAGGGCAUUUGUGAGACAAUGAUUGUUCACAUAGGUUAUCGCAGUAGUCUAUGUCUACUUGUCUCCAAUCUUCUCCGUCAAUUUUUGGAAAUCUCUAUUAUCAAGUAAACAUCCUAAAAUAUCACAUCUUAAAAUGACCAAGAUCUUAAAAUGGCCUUCUAGUCAAGGAUACAUAUCCAAGAAUAUUUAUUUUUCCUUAUUUGAAUUUUGCUCUUUGCAGUCGUUUUUAAUUUGGUUCAGUAUAUACUUGUAGAGUUUGUGGGUGUUUCAGGUUUUCCUGGAACGUAUAUCCUACUCAAAAGAAACUUCUAGGCUGGUUUUAAGGUUCAAGACGGAGAAGAAUGACCUUGCUAUAUUAAUCAAUGACCUCCAUGCCAACGUAAUUCACCCUAGCUUACUCAUCCAAAUCCUUUCCCUUCCCUUUUGUCAAAAUAAGAUUCUCCCCCUCAAUGGCCUUUGCUGAAGACACUCAGAAAUGUCCUUCUUCCUAUUAGUACCUAACUACAGACACUAUAUUUAUACUUGGAUUCUCUUCACAGUAUUGGGCACAGAGAUCAGAUGCUAAAACCCCAGGAGUUAAGCAGCCUUCUCGUAAAAGUGGCAAAGUAUAUUGAGUGAGUUAUUUUACAAAUAAAGAAAAUAGUCCUAAAAGGUUAAUAUGUUGGAGAUGAAAAAGAAUCAAACCAGUUCAACAUCUAUAUUGUCUUUAGAUAACAAUGGCUAUUGGGGGUGGGGGGGAAAGAAUAAAAUAGAAACUCAAUUCCAAGUAAGCAUUUAUUUGUCAUGUUUAUUGAACAUGGAAAUGAUUAAGUACUUUGAGGAAAACAAAGAUUUAUGUGACACAGUCCUUAGAUUGUAAUCCUUUAACUUACAGUGACUUGUUUAGUGUUAUCCUCUGUAAAAUAAACUUGCUCUUAAACUGGGCUCCACAGACAUUAACAGUUGGUGUGGCUAAUGAUCAUGAAUGAAGAGAAAAAUCAGCACACAGUGUCACAGAUCUUCCAUUAUCACUCUCACUGACAUCACUUUGUCUUACUUCCCAAUAUUUUUGCUUGAUGUAUCAGGUAAACCACAGUGGAAGGAAAUGUUUUUGUUUGGCUUAACAACAAUUAGCUUGACAUUUUUUCAGAAACCCCUUGUAGCUUGUAUGUACGAAUAGCUUCUAUUCACUCAAAAAGGUGCACAUUUUAAUAUGAUCACAUUUUCUGUGACAAAAGAAAAAGAAAAUUGGAAAAUGAUUUUGAAGUUUGUUAAAUGGAGUAAAGACAAUACUGGAAUGUUUUUCUCAAUCAAAAUAACGUAGAGUUUUUGUUCUAUAACAUUUUGUCUAUCUUAUCAGGGAGAACAUUUACAGGAAUGCAGGUGUUUUGUAUUCAGUUGUCACAGCCACUGUAUGACUGACCUGUAAACCUGCAAGAAAUAUUUAACAAUCUUGUCAAUGUUUGCCGUGGGAAAAGGCAUUUUCAUGUCUUCAUGUUUCUUACAACUUGGGAUGGUCCUGAAAGUCCCGUGUUGAAAUGAUGAAGUACUAGACUAUUAUAGUCUAUCAAACAUGUAAGUUAGGCUCAUAUUAUUUGUAAAUUUGUACAGGAUAAUAUUCGGGCAUAUUCUACAUUGAAGAAUGUAGAAACCAAUUUUUCUAGCAAUAGGGUGGUUUUAUAAUCACUAUGAUGAUUGCAACCAGUGAUUCUGCAUCAUGCUGCAAAAUGAUCACUCUCUUCUCUUUUAUCCAAUGUGGCUGAUGUCAAAGGAUGGCACACACUCUGCACCAAAUUCCUUAAUAAGGCAUUAUAAACACUCUCACAAAUAUGCUUGUGGGAUAAUGAUGAAGAGGUCCUUAAGGUUGUUUUCUAAGAUACGUACUCCCUAUUUAGACAGAGAUGUUUACAUAAGAUCAUUAUAUCAAUUUCCCACACUGUGCCCCACCAACUCAUCACUCAAAUCAAGCCUGCUAAAAUCCCUCUGAUCAAUUAGGAGAGAAUGUGGUAACCAAUACAAAGUUAAGUGAUUUGGGAAGGUGUCUUCUAACUACUCAGCUCACGUAUAACACAAAUGUUCAUGACAUGGCCAUAUUGAAAGAUGAAGGGUCUUCUCCUGGUCCCCAUGAAAGAAUCUAAUAAGGAUAAGUAAUAACUUUCUGGGAUCCCACCCUGAAAUUGUUCCAUGUUCACUGUUUCUGAGUAUUUACUUUAUGGCCUAGUCUGUUGGCUACUCCUUCAUGGGCUGACCUUCUCUGAUGCCAUGCUGUGACUCACGCAUUCUAUUUUGCUUCCCACUUUAGGAUUGGAUGGUGCAGUUCUUUAAAAAAAAUGACUGGGUUCUACUUGGGUGACCCCUUGGAUGUAGAAAUAUGGUCUUUGAGUUUUAAAAGGUUUGUAUCUGAGGAAUUGAAAUAUUCAUUUACCAGUUUCUGCAGAAUAGCUCCUCUGUAUUGCACUAUUGGGUAAGGAAAGUUCAGUUUGUUCCUAUUGGAUCAGAAAGGCAGGAAAAGGGGAUGUGGGUAAUGUCCUGACAGGAAGAUAUGGCACACUCAAAUUAAGAAAUUAAGGAUGAUUUAAUGAGUAUAUAAUUUCAUAUGUAUGGGCAUAGUUGAGGAAAACCAAGAAGGGUAUGCAGAAUGUCAAAGCUAACAACAGAAAGGAACCAGCUAAUAUUAUUAGUCCUGACUGGAAAACAAGAAUAAGUGGUUGCUGGAAGUUGAAAAGGAAGCUAAAGUUUUUAUCUGUGGAUUAGGAGACAGGACCUAUGGCAAAGAAGGGUGAUUGUGCCCUUUCAUUUUGUCCACUGAUUAUGAGGGGCCAGAACAAGGACAUAGAAAGAAUUAGGCAGGAAUAAAGGAAGUAAAAUACUAUUGAACUUUGUUAAUUGAUUAGAUAUUUUGGGAUAUUAUUUUCAUAAAUUUCUAUGCAAUGCCAAUUAAAUAAAUGUUAUUUUUAUCAUCAUUCUACAUAUUAAGAAACCGAGAAUCUGAAAUCUGAAGCAACUAGAUCAAAAUCACAUAUCUUCUCCUGAUUAUAAAGGCUGAUAUUUACAGCCUUUGAGUGGUUAAUUGCUAUCUAAUGACAUUUCUAGGCAGGACCAAAAACAUGAUCCCAUUUAUUUGUACCAACAGUGUUGCUGCAAGAUUCUCAAAUCAUAUCCCUUGUGGCGGUAAGUCUUAUAAAGUCCUACUUUCAAAGAGAAUCAAAUCAUCUCUUAAUUUUCAUGGAAUCCUUAGUCUGCUAUUUUUGCUCAUGUCCAGCUUUUUCCCAUUCCCUGUGAACAAUUUGGGAAGCAUCACUUUAGGCUGAGGCUCUAUUAUAUUCACAAGACAGAUAUGUUUAGAAAUAAGAUUUCCAAUAUGUUCCCCAUCACCCUUUCUCCUAAACAUACAUUUGGAAAAAAAUUCUUUUUGUAACCAUUAGAAUGAAAUUCAAUAUAUAAUUCUGGAAUGUCUCAAUACCUCUUACACUUAUGACAUAGAUAAUAACCAAAUGCAACCUCAUGUUUUCCAGAGAUUUUGAAUAUAUGCUUGUCCUCAACUAUAGGGGCAAAAUUAUGUUUCCUGAAUACACCUGGAAAGAAAAGAAAGCAUGUUUUUCAGGCAAUGAUACCAGGAGAUAAUAGACUAUUAAAUUAUCAUUCAUAGAAGGGGAUUUAGCAAGUGUGUGAAAUCAUCCUCUCCUUACACACUUGGUGCUGAAAGACUGUAUACCUGUCUACUGUGAAAAAAGGAAGAAAAAAAUAAUCUCAAUCUUUUCACAAACUCGGGUCAUAGAGUUGCUUAUUCAGCAAACGCUUAUUGGGUGUCCUUGACAUUUUUCAAUGCAUCUUUUGGGGGAGAAAUAUUUUUCUAAAUCAUACAGAGACACUAUAAGAAAUAAAGAUAUCUGAACUACUGUGAGGAAACAUUUUGAUGUUCUAUGAAAGGAAAUAUUAAAGGAGCCUAAUUUCACUGAGUUAGGCAGGAGGUCCUCAAAUUAAAAAGAAAAGGAAUUUAAGCUAACAUUUAAAGGACAAAAAAAAAAAAAAAAAAAA